UGUACAGUGACCGAUUAGAUAUUUGUUGAUUAUGGAACUGAGAGCCAACAGAUGAUUUACCGCUGCUGUCACUUUUAUCUGUGACACAAAGUACGCAUGUCCUUGGCUUUCCUCCAGUACUGAUUUUACUUUCACCCUCUGCACCUUGGAAAGUUUCUGUUUUCCCAGCCCUCAGCUGUCACGGCCAUGCUUUCUCUGUCGUUUCGGCAAACAUUACGGUCCUUCUUCCUCAGGGCUUCAGGAGGUCUGGGUCGAGAGGGGCAGGUCCCAGCGGGGACAUGCAGGCGAGGCUUCGUGAGCGCCGGCGGCUGGACGGGACAGGAGACCCUGGCCCAGGACGACCCACAGAUGUGGAGCCUCCUGCAGCAGGAGAAGAACCGGCAGUGUCGGGGUCUGGAGCUCAUCGCAUCAGAGAACUUCUGCAGCCGUGCAGCGCUCGAGGCCCAGGGCUCCUGUCUCAACAACAAAUACUCUGAGGGGUACCCAGGACAAAGGUAA